GCCGCGUUUGAACCGUGGCGGGCGCUGCGAGCUCCGCAUUGCGAGCUGCCGCCAAUGGAGCCCGUCCUGAAAGGUAUUUCUGCCUUUGUAGAAGUUUGGUCAUCUAAUAGAACAGAAAAUUACUCAAAAACCUUUGAACGGCAGCUUCUGGAUAUGGGAGCAAAAGUUUCAAAGACAUUGAACAAGCACAUAACCCAUGUGGUCUUCAAAGAUGGACGUUUGACUACAUGGAAGAAAGCACAGAAGAUGGGUGUAAAAAUAGUUUCUGUACUCUGGGUGGAAAUGUGUAGAGAAACUGGAGUCCAUGUUGAUGAAUCCCUAUUUCCUGCAGUAGACACUAAUGAAGGACUUCUACUACCAGUCAGAAAACACAAAUGUAUGCAGCCAAAAGACUAUGUUGAAAAAACUCCAGAAAAUAAUAUAAAGCUUCAGAGAAGACUGAACAAAAUGGCUAAAGAAUUAACUCUACAAAAGACAGCGGUUAUUGCUGAAACAGAUGUACCCGUUUUAUUAUUUGAAGACAAUGGUUCACUUAUAUACAGCCCUGUUAAUAAGAUAAAAGAUCAAUGCAAUACAAUGGAAAGAAGAAUAAAUGAUAUGAAGGAAAAAAGAGAGAAUCUUUCUCCUACUGGUUCACAAAUGACUCAAACACUUCCAAGUAGGUCAGCAGGAGACAGCCCACUUUCUACUUCUAUCUUAACUAAUUCAGAAGAUGUACUGCUACCCGAAGAUCAAAUGGAAGACUGCUUGAACUCAAGUUACGAUUAUCUUCAGAGAACUGAAACUUUAAAGAGACGGAGAAAAGAGGUAGCAGAACAUGCCUGUGAUACUUGGACUGAUACUCAUGUAUCCAUGAGUGCAUCAGUGAACUCUCCAUCACAUGGCAAUGAGGAGAACUUAACACCAAAACGAGGUCCUAGAAGUUUAACAAAGAAACAGGUUAUACAGCACAUUUCAGAUGACAGAUUGGCUUUUGGAAAAGAAUAUUUGAAGUUUCCAAAGAAAAAUCAGAAAAACAAGAAGAGAAAGCCUACUUCAAUUGCAAAUGAAAGUUCUCUUCUCAAGGACUUUGGUGAUUGUACUCCUACCAAAAAAAUAAUCCAGUUAAAUACUGUUCCUGCUUUGAUUGACAGUCUCCCUAAUUCAUCUAUGAGUAGCGAAGACUUAAAUGCUUGUUCGCUGGAUAAAAGCUUCUCUGUUGACAGAAAUGAUUGUGUUCUUGAAGGCAAGAGGAGGAAGAAACUACAAACAUUACCAAGUUUGAAACUGGCUUUCUCAGAACUGGGUGCAUCAGGUUCUAUGGGGUUCUUGCAAGCAGUUACUACACGUAACAAGUCUUACUGUACGGAAGAGGCUUCUUAUGAAGACUUCUUUUCAUCAUUUAAUUCAAAUGAAAAUGAAGUGCAGAUAAAAGUACCAAAGGAAUCACAGAAUCCUCCUGAAGUUUGUUGCAAAGACUCUUCUACAAGCAUGGACCUACAUGAUGUGAGUUUCUGUGAGCCACAUAACACUAUUAAGAAAAGUAGAAAAAUGUCUAUUUCAGUGAAUAAUUUUCCAGCAGAGGAAAAAACCAAACCAGCUAAACAUCCACGAAGCAUACCAUUAAAUAUAUCAGGUGGUGAAAAAGAUGACACUGGAGAAGCUCUACAUGGUGAUGAUGUGAACAGGCUGACACAGCAUGCUCCUGAAAAAUCUUACAGCAGUGUAAAUGACUGUGCUGAUACUACUGGUGGUGAAAAUGAAGUUUCAGAGUGUCGUAUUACAGAUGGCUCUUGCAAAAUUUUUAACAAAUGAAAGAAUAAGUCCACUGGGGGCUUAAGGAAAGCCAGAAGACUCCGAAAGGCUGAAGAGGCUGGUUGAACUUACUCUAGGAGGCGAAAUAAUAUCGACUGAGGCACCUGAUGAAACCCUGGGUUCGCCAAGUUCCAAAGAUCCAAGAGUGGCCCCACUUCGUCACAGAACUAAAUACAAGAUAAGUCUGUGUCUUCUAAAUCAGUUGUCUACAUUUUGCCUGUCUAGUAUUACAACAAUAGAACAGUGGGAGAAGACCAUCUUGCUUUGCCCCAUCCUGGCUUUCACCCAAAGCUGUGUAGAAGCCCAUGAAAUGCCAGAUGCAGCAGGAGGUUCUUGCCUUGAAGUAUGUUAAAAGUUAUUAAAGAAAUAAUGGUUAACUAAGCUGCUUAGUAUUGCAAAUCAAAGAGUAAGGUACAUUUUCAAAAGCAAAUACUGUAGUAUGUAAAGGACAGUAUUAAACAGUCACUAAAGGUACUAGUUGUCAUAUUUGGAAGGUGAGAAAUGGGUCUAACCUAUUUCUGUGGGUUCUAGGGUAACUUCCAUUCUGAGCAAUACAUACAUGAUAUCUUAGGAAUGAAGCAAAUUAUGUUAUUUUACUUGGUAAAAAUUAUUGCAAAUUGUUGAAUUUUUUUCAUAAUUACCAAGAAAAAAGGAGCGGUAACAAUAAUUGUCUAAAAGAAACACCAUCCUCAACUUCAGUCUCUCUGACAAAGUAUCAAAGAUUCUAAAGGUUAUGCUAUUAAAUUUUAUAUAUAAAGUGGGCAUGCAAAUAAAAAGAACUGGAAACUGUAAUUCAAAAAUCUUCAAGCUCAUUUCCUCUAUGUACACUUGAAGAAAAUAGAAAAGAAAUAAAAAAAUUUUUAAAAAAAAGUAAAUUAAGAACUUGCUGUCAAUAAUUGAUGGGGAAAAUCACCCAUUUUGCUGUUUGGACCAGUCAAGGAUGACAAGUUUAUGGUCAUGUUAAUAACAAACAAAGCACAGGAAAAUAUAUCUUGAACGCUACCAAGAGACUGGUUUUGUAAAACAAGCAUCUGUUUAUUCCAUUUUUACUGAUAACUUCUUGGAGAGGGUGAAUUCUCUAUUUCAAUUUUGUCUUGUAGAUCUGUACAAGAAAAUCUUUGUUGAUUUUGUACACAAUUUCAUACCUGUAUUACCAAUUUUGUAUUUCCAGAAUGAUGGAGAAAUGGUUUCUACAACGUAGUUUUUAAACACAUGUAAUAGCACCACUUCAGAUCCUUUCACUGAAAUUUACCUAAAGGAAAUAGAACAAUAAACUGCAAAAUUGUGUCAUCCAGAGUAGUGUGGAAACUUUAUCUGGUAACAUACUAAUCUGAAAGUAAGAAAGCAUUUUCUUUUGAGUCCUGCCAGUUUUCUUUUGCUUAGCAAAUACUCGUUGAUAGACAGAAACAAGCACUUUCCACAAUAAGUAAAAACAGAUGCAUUACUUAAGAAAGGAAUGCAGAAUCCAGAGUCAGAAUCAUCUCUUGCGUACUUCAAAAUCCAACAUUGUUCAAUAUAUUUGUCCUUAUCCAUUAUGUGCAGAUGGUUUUGCAUGGAGCAUGGUGAAGUAUCUUUUUGUAUUUGACAAAUGACAUUCGGUACAGCAAUAAUUAUAACCUUUCAGGGUAUCAAGACAAGGAAAAAUGAAUCUCAGUU